AUGGAGUACUUUUUUACUCUUUUGCAUGUGGUAAUGACCAUCAUCAAUUUUUCUGGUGCUAAUGAAAUUUGUAGCCUCCAAGGAGAGUCUGCAUAUCCAGUUCUUUCAAAGGAUGGUGAUAUCAUAGUUGGAGGGAUUUUCCCCUUCCAUAGCACUUGGGAGGUCCCAGACUUGUCCUAUUUGGUCAAGCCACAUCCAUUCAAAUGCAGGAGUCUUGAUUUCAGAGCCUUCCAGUAUUCACAGUCCUUGAUUUUCGCAAUAGAAGAGAUCAACAACAGCUCCUCUUUACUGCCAGGUGUCUUACUGGGCUACAAGAUCUAUGACACCUGCAGUUCAAUAGCAAUAGGGGUUAGAAUGGCUAUGGCACUUGUUAAUGGAAAUGAGGAGACAGUCUUGGAUGAGCCCUGCACAAAGCCAGCCCAGGUGCAAGCCAUAAUUGGCGAGACAUACUCAUCAGUGUCAAUGGCUAUAGCAAAUAGUAUCGGGCCUUUCAGUAUUCCAGUUAUCAGUCACUAUGCCACCUGUGAGUGUCUUAGUGAUAAAAGGAAAUAUCCUUCAUUUCUGCGCACUAUCCCAAGUGAUUAUCAUCAGAGCAGAGCACUGGCAGAGAUGGUCAAGCACUUUGGUUGGACCUGGGUGGGGACAAUAAGAAGAGAUGAUGACUAUGGUAACAAUGGGAUGGCUGCAUUUGUUGAAGCUGCAGAACAGCUGGGCAUUUGUUUAGAAUAUUCCCUUCCAUUUUUUAGAACUUACUCACAAGAAAAAGUGCUGAGGAUUAUUGAGCAGAUCAAAAGCUCUACUUCUCGAGUGAUUGUGGGAUUUCUCGAUAACUGGGACUUGGAGAAUUUGCUGAAUGUGUUUUUUGAACACAACGUCACUGGAUAUCAGUGGGUGGGAACUGAGGCCUGGAUCUUUGAUUCAGAACUGGCUACAAUGGAUAAAUACAACAUACUGCAAGGAGCCAUAGGGCUGGCUAUCCCCAAAACAACAGUGACAGGUCUGAAGGACUUUAUUCUGGAUAUACAUCCACUGAAAUCUGCAGGCAGUGCUAUUUUUACUGAAUUCUGGGAGGCUCUGUUUCAGUGCAAAUAUACAGUGCAGAAUGAAUCAGAGGACUUAUCAGCAUGCACAGGUGAAGAGAAACUGUCUGAUGUGGAAAACACAUUCACUGACAUGACGCUGAUGCCCAUUUUCAGUAAUGUGUAUAAAGCAGUAUAUGCUGUUGCCCAUACCCUACAUAAACUUCUUGGCUGCACACAAACAUGUCCUGCAAAAAAGCAGCCUGAUCCUUUCACAUUUCUAGAACACCUAAAAAGGAUGCAUUUCAAAACCAAAGAAGGUGAAGAAGUUUAUUUUGAUAAAAAUGGUGACCCUGCUGCAAAAUAUGAAAUAAUAAACUGGCAAACAAGUGAAGAAAACCAACAUGAAUUUGUCACUGUUGGACACUAUGACUCUUCUCAUCCUUCUUAUGAUCGCUUAGCGGUAAACACUGCCUCUAUUGUUUGGGCAGGAAACAGCAACCAGGUGCUGGUGUCUGUGUGCAGUGAGAGCUGCCCUCCUGGCACCAGGAAGGCUGUGCAGAAAGGAAAACCUAUCUGCUGUUUUGACUGUAUACCAUGUGCUGAAGGAGAGAUCAGUAAUAUAUCAGAUUCAAUUAAGUGUGAACAAUGCAAUCAAGACUACUGGUCAAAUCCACACAGGGAUGAAUGUAUAAAGAAGAAAAUUGAAUAUUUGUCCUAUGAUGAAACUAUGGGAAUUUUGCUAACAGCUGUUUCUAUUACUGGUGCAUUUGUGACUAUGGUAAUAGCACUUAUAUUCUUUAGAUAUAAAAAUACUCCAAUAGUCAAAGCAAACAACUCAGAGCUGAGCUUCCUUCUACUCUUUUCGCUGACACUGUGUUUCCUCUGUUCACUUACUUUCAUUGGUCAGCCCUCUAUAUGGUCCUGUAUGCUGCGCCACACAGCGUUUGGGAUCACCUUCGUCCUCUGCAUCUCCUGUGUUCUGGGGAAAACAAUAGUGGUGUUAAUGGCCUUUAGGGCUACAAUUCCAGGCAGUAAUGUCAUGAAAUGGUUUGGGCCUCCACAGCAGAGACUCAGUGUUCUUGCUUUCACUCUCAUACAGGUCCUUAUUUGUGUUCUUUGGUUAAUAAUAUCCCCCCCUUUUCCCUUUAAAAAUUUAAAUAACUAUAACGACAAAAUUAUUCUAGAAUGUAAUUUAGGCUCAGCUAUAGGUUUCUGGGCUGUGCUGGGUUAUAUAGGAUUUUUGGCUCUUCUGUGUUUUGUUUUGGCUUUUCUAGCACGGAAGCUGCCUGAUAACUUUAAUGAAGCCAAGUUCAUCACAUUCAGCAUGCUCAUAUUCUGUGCAGUCUGGAUCACCUUCAUCCCAGCUUAUGUCAGCUCUCCUGGAAAGUUCACUGUAGCUGUGGAGAUAUUUGCCAUUUUGGCCUCAAGCUUUGCUUUGUUAUUCUGUAUCUUCCUUCCAAAGUGUUAUAUAAUCAUACUGAAACCAGAAAAGAACACUAAAAAACAAAUUAUGGGUAAAGUGCCAGUUAAGUGA